GCCAAAAUUGGUGGGUACUUAUGAUGGUCGUCGGCCGCAAGUUAGCUUCCAGGGCUUGCAAAAACCUGGCCACCUGGUAGGUUUAAAGGGCGUACUACUAGCGUGAUCGACAGGAAUCAUAAACAUGGCUGAGGGUGGACUACUGUUUGGAUUUGAGCUCGCCGAUGUUCUUGUAGCUGCAGUGCUUAUUUCUGUCGUGGUGCUUUACUUCCAUGCUGAGGCUCUGCAGCGAAGGCGAUGCCCACCAGGGCCUUGGCCUUGGCCAGUUGUGGGAAACUUUUCAGCGUUGGGAGACCUGCCCCACAGAAACCUGCACAAACUUGCCGGCAAGUAUGGAGGUCUCAUGUAUCUCCGGUUAGGGGCCAAGCCAUGUUUAGUGAUUUCCACGGCUGCCGUGGCUAAGGAGUUCUACACAACCGUUGAUGCAAGCUUUGCUUCGCGGCCGAAGAGGUUCUCAUGGACCGUCUGGAACAACAAUGACGAGAACUACAGAAACAUCGGCCUCGCUGAGUAUGGACCCUAUUAUCGCAAGCUGCGCAGGCUUCUGAAUACAGAGCUCUUCUCCCCAAGGCGUCAUGCCUCCUACGAAGUUACAAGAGCACAGGAGAUCCAGUGCAUGAUGAAAGUUCUUCUAGAGGAGUCGGAAAAGGGCAAUCCAGUGAAUCUCCAAACCUGGUUGCAUGGCACAACUUCCAACAACAUGACCCGGAUGGUCGUCGGCAAGAGGUUCUACGGUGUCAGUGGAGACGAUGGUGAGAAGCAAGGACAAGACCUUCAGAAGAUGACUUCCAGUGUCUUUGAACUUCUUGGUUCUGUAGUCAUAAGCGACUUUGUGCCCUACUUGAGCUUCAUCACUAAAUUACAAGGACAUGCAUCCAAGUUUUCCAAGAUCCGCGAUGUUUCAGACAAACUCACGGCUGAUUUUUUCGACCUCGACAGCCACAGAAACAAUUAUAAAAAAAUGAAAAACGACCCAAGCUAUGUCCCAGAUUUUGAAGAUGUACUAAUGGAGACGCCAUUCGAAAACGGCACUAAUCUCCCUGACCAGGACCUUCUAAAGCUACUACAGGAAAUGUUGAAUGCUGGGACGGAGACUAGUUCGAACACUUCAGAAUGGGCUAUGGCCGAACUCAUCAGGAGGCCAGAACUGAUCGAGCGAGCACAGACUGAGAUGGAUUCAGUGAUAGGUUCCAAGCGCCUCGUGGAAGAAUCCGACAUCCAACAACUCCCUUUUCUGCAAGCCGUGAUGAAAGAGAAUUUCCGGCUGCAUCCUCCGCUCUUACUUCCCCAUGAAUCAAGAGAGCCUACAGAGCUUCUUGGGUACCAUUUCCCGGCAGGAACGGAGGUGCUAGUGAACUCCUUCGCAAUCCACCGAGACCCAAGUGUAUACGACAACCCUGACAGCUUUGAUCCUGAUAGAUUUCUUGCACGCCCUCACGUGGAUCACAUGAGCACAAGUGAUCCCUACGAGCUCAUGCCGUUCGGAAAAGGCCUCCGGAUGUGCCCAGGAUACAGGCUGGCGAAUACGAUGGUGGCCUUGAUGUUAGCGAAUCUCCUCUAUGUAUUCGACUGGUCUCUGCCGGAAGGUCAAACUGAGGUGGACAUGACUGAGACAAUAGGCCUCUCCGUCAGCAAGAAGCAACCGCUGUUCUUGGUUCCGAAACCCAGAUUUGAACUUUCUUUGGAGAGCGUAGCAGAAAAUUGAUUGCCUCAAUCACAUUCUGGAAAUGCAUCUAGGGAGAAAGACAAAUAUUGUGUUCGGGGAUCUUGAAUGUAAAAGUGAACUCAAUAUUCGCUUCGAGGCCCUGAUGCACGGAAGGUGUCUCAAUUUGUGAAACUUUUAAUUAUACAUAAAGUUGUAAAUGCGGCGGGUGGUGGGUGGUGGGUUUAGGUUUCUCUUCUAAAACAGUACAAUUGAAAAUUAAACCUAUCGAUUUUUGUAUUUGACCUUCAAUUGUUCUCACUUUAUUCUACAAUCGUGUAAGUGCGUUGUAGGUGUCGGGCGACGUUCACUAUGCACAUAUUUGCACCGUGACUUGUGAAGGAAAGACCGAGUACAAUGAUCAACUUGGCUUA